AUGGAUGGAACGCAUGCGGAUGCACUCCGCCAAUUUCAGAUGAUAUCUAACGCCUCUAUUCCAGAAGAACAGCAAAUAGAUCUUCUUGAAGAAAACAAUUGGAAUGUGGAACUUGCUUUACUCUCAUACAAUGAUCAAUAUCCGGAUGAAGCAGCGAGAAAUCUGAGAAAUGAAGUUCGAUCUACUGAGAUUCGACGAAAUGCCUCUUCGGGAAGCCAGCUGCUAAAUGGCACAAACAGUAAUUCUGCUAGUGGAAAUAUGUCAGGUGAACGGGAUGCAAACGGAAGCGGGCAAAAUGGUGCUAACAAUGGUACAAUUACUUCGGAAGCACCAUCACUGUUUGGAGCAGGUGGUAUGUUUUCGCGUCUAAUGGGUGGAAAUCGGACAGGUGCAUCAUCAUUAGGUGAUCCUGAUAUACCGGGUGGUUUUCCGUAUACGCAUGAUGGAUCUUCUUCACCAUCCUCCUCAUCUGGUGCAUUUACACGCGGUGAGCCGUCUAAAUUGCAUCAGAUGGUGAAAAGGGGGGCGAGAUUUCUUCUAAACAGUGCUAUUUAUGCGAUAGUAGUUCCAUUCUAUGUCAUAUACAAGCUCCUGGGACUUCUACUUCUGGUUCUUCUCGGAUAUCUUACACCCUUAUUUCGUCGGCUAUAUCGGGGUAGGAACUAUACACUAAUCAGAAGCCGAUUUAAGGACCCAAGCGACGUUGCUCGGUCUUUUGUGGAAGGAUUUGACGUUCUUGUGUGUACAAUUAUGGGAGUUUCGCAUUUGAAUUCUCCGGACGAAUCAUCCACGAACAGUCAAAGUGAGCAACUUCCAAAGACACGGGAUGAGAAUUUGAUAGAGCAACCCGGAAAUAUUGGAGUUGCCAAGCCGGACUUUUUGGAAUGUGCAUAUUCCGAUGCCCUUUAUCUCGUUAAGAAAGAAGCCCGCUGGUUGAUCGUUUACAUUCACAGCACUCAGCACGAGGAUACAAAGGCAUUUAUCCGGGAUGUGCUGAUUGAUGAGCGGUUUAUUUCAUUUGUCAGGCAGCGCAAGAUUCUCUGUUGGGGUGGAGAUGCCUUUGAAAGCGAGGCGUACCAGGUUGCAAAUCAGUUCAAAGUGAACAAGCUACCAUUUUUGGGUCUUCUAUGCUUAACAGUGAAUGAGACACCUACUGCAUCUGGAACAAGGACGUCUGCACCAAUUUUAUCCCUAGUUUGUAAGAUUCAAGGAUACACGCCGCUGGAAGAGGUUCUCUCAAGAAUGAACAAGGCAUAUAACAAAUUUAAUCCAAAGGUGACUAUUUUACGUGCUGAGUACGAGAGACAGUCACAAGCUCGACUAAUGAAAGAGCUCCAAGAUCAGGCUUAUGAGAAAUCCCUAAAACGAGACAGAGAAAGGCGAAUUGCACGUGAAAACAAGCAGAAAGCAGAAAUAUUGAAGAAGCAGUGGAUUCGGUGGAGAAGGUCUGUGUUAAAGUCUGAGAUUACGGAGAGUGGGCAGUAUGCACGGAUUGCAAUAAGACUUCCUGAUGGUACGAGGAUUCAGCAUAAAUUCGGAAAACAGUAUCCUCUUGAGGAAAUUUACGCAUUCGUUGAAUGCAAUUAUAUCUCGAAGCAAGAUACUUCUGGUAGCUCUGAAGCAGCUUGUGCAAAACCUCAGGAUUAUCAUUUCAAGUAUCCUUUCAAAAUUGUGACAAUUAUGCCAAGAAGAGAGAUACCGGCAGACGAAACAGCUUCAAUAGAAAGCUACGAUACCAUUUAUCCAAGCGGUAACUUGGUGGUCGAAAAGUAA